AUGAAAUCAAAAGACAUAGAGUAAAAUAACAGAAUCAGUUAUAUAAAAACAAUGCCAAUUGAAUCAUCAUCAAAUCUAAAGAAGUAAGAACAUGCAAAAACUGAAAUUAUAACUAAUAAAUCAGCCAUUUUAGCAUAGAACUAAAGAAGCUUAACUCACUCUACAAUUAUUAACAACGUAUUUAGAUUACUUAGUUUUAGUUUUAUUUGCCUAAUCAUAUUAAAACAGUAAGGGAUUAACUUUUAAUAUAGAAAGAAGUUAAUGAAAAGGUCUAUUAAUCAGAAGAUUCUAAAGAAUGGUUCAAAGGUAAAAUAAUUAUGUCACUCAAAUUUGGUUACUGUAAAUAUUACAAGAAAAAAUAAUAUUAUUAUGAGGGUUAAUUUUGUUGUGGCCUCAAACAUGGAAAAGGUUUAAUUAUUUAUGAAGAUGGAUCUUAUUAUGUAAAUUUUAUAUAUACAAUAAGUAAGGAGAUUUUUUUGCUGAUAAAAUUCUAGGAGAUAAUUGUAUGUUUAAAGAUUUUGAAGAUAAUUGCAGCAAAAACACUAAAAUUUAAAAAAAAGUAAAAUUGGAAUUUCCAAAUGGUGCCAUAUAUGAAGGUUCAGUUCUAGAUGGAAAAAGACAUGGUAAAGGAAUAUAUACUUGGAAAGAUGGUACUAAAUAUGAAGGAUAAUUUGAAAAUGAUUAAAUCAAUGGAUUUGGAAUUAUGGAAUAUGCUGAUAGUAAAAAAUACAAAGGGGAAUGGGUGAAUGGAGAAAUGGAAGGGUUUGGAAACUUUAUAUGGCCUAAUUUAGAAGAGUAUAAAGGAUUUUAUAAAUAAAGUAAAAAAAAUGGGUUUGGAGUAUUUAAAUAUAGUAGUGGAAUUACUUAUUUUGGAGAAUUUGUUAAUGGGUUGAACCAUGGCACUGCGGUUCUUAUGUAAUUUAAUCAUUAACCUAAAAUUUCCAAAUGGUAAGAUGGUUAAUAAAUAGAAUGA